AUGCUUCUCAAGUCGCCAACAGUCAUCUAUUACUUCCGACUCAAUGCUGCCACCACGGGGCUUAACACUGCUUCCGUAUUCAUCGGCGGCUUUUUCGGGCCCCUCGUGGCUGGUGUGACCUCUGACCGCCUCGGGCGCCGCCCGACUAUUUUCUGGGGAUCGCUCGUGACUAUCAUUGGAAUAAUUCUCCAGACCGCCGCCCAGAACAUCGCCAUGUUCGUCGUCGGGAGGAUCAUCCUGGGGUUUGGGACUGGCGUCUCCGGUGUCGCCGCGGGCGUGUACCUCUCCGAGACCUUCCCAAGCAGGUGGAGGGCCUGGGGUGUCGGACUGCUCAACGACUUUUACUACGUCGGUGCGCUCAUCGCUGCCGGUAUCACGCUCGGUACGGGCCAGUGGCAGUCCACCUGGGCGUGGAGGGCGCCGUCGCUGUUCCAGGCUAUCUUCUCCAUCAUGUGCAUCAUCGUCCUGCCUUUCAUCCCCGAGUCGCCUCGAUGGCUUGCUUACCAGGGACUUUACGAGGCAUCUCGCACGGUGGUUGCCCAGACUAAUGCUGACGGGGACCCAAAUGACCCGGUUGCCCUUGCAGUGUACAAGGAGAUCAUCGAUACUCUGGCGUGGGAAAAGAAGGAAGGCAGAGGUUUGAGCCCCAUGGAAAUUGUGAAGACACCCGUGGCUCGGAAGCGGCUCCUCAUCGGGAUGAGCCCCGGGCCGUUCUCCUGCAUCGCCGGGAACAUCAUCGCGUCUUACUACCUAGGUCCGGAGCUGGACACGGCUGGUAUCACAGACACCAACGACCAGCUCAAGGCAAACGUCGUCCUCAAUGUUUGGUGUCUAGCGUGCUGCCUAGCCGGGACGCACCUCGCCGCGACGUGGGGCCGGAAACCAACAGCCAUCCUAUCCCAGUGCCUACUAGUCACUUGCCUACUCAUAAUCGGUGGCCUGUCGAAGAAGUACGCCGACAACCCGGACGGGGCAUCUUCGAGCCUCGUCUAUGGUGACGUCGCCGUCAUGUUCCUCUUCCAGGGCUUCUACUCCAUCGCGUGGACGCCGCUGCUCUAUCUGUAUCCGCCUGAGGUUAUGAAUUAUUCUAUUCGGGCGAAUGGCGUUGCUUUCUCCUAUCUGAUGCUGAAUGUGCUUGCGCUCAUCUUCGUCUUCAUCAUGCCUAUUGGCCUCGCCAACAUCGGCUGGAAGAUGUACAUGGUUAACGCUUCAUGGGAUAUUGUCAUAGUGAUACUCAUCGCUAUCUUCUGGAUCGAGACGAAAGGCAAGACUCUGGAAGAGAUCGAUGCAAUCUUUGAGGGCGAGAAACACUCCACAGUGCCCGAUGUCGAAAAGGUUCGCCGUGGUGAGGAGACGAUGAAAGUCGAGGCUGUAGAGGAGAGCUUGCCGGGAGUCAAGGAGUGA